AUGUAUGUUGGUGAAGGUUACGCGAGGAAAUUAAGUAAGCAAUUUAAGUGGAAAACAAAAUGUUUUUCUCGUCCACGAACUAUAUCACCAGAAAGGACCCAAUCAGAAGGAAUAACAUGGGACGUACGAGGCCAGACACGAGGUUAUCAAUUGGAUCAUGAGUUACCUCCUGUCCAACAACCAACAGCUGGGAGACAACAUCUACCAGCUGGGGCGGAAUAUCCACCAGCUGGGGCGCAAUAUCCACCAGCUGGGGCGCAAUAUCCACCAGCUGAUGUGCAAUAUCCACCAGCUGGGGCGGUAAAUCCACCAGCUGGGGCAGAACAUCCACUAGCUGGGGCGCAAAAUCCACUAGCUAGGGAUAGGCAUCCACCAAUUGGUGCGCAACAUCCACCACUUAGAGUGGAACAUCCACCCGCUAGGGAGCAACAUCUACCAGCUCAGGUGCAACAUCCACUAGUUGCGGCACAACAACCACCCCAGCAACAACCAGUACAUGCGCAACAAUCACAACCUCAACAAGCAGUAGACCUUGGACGGAUUAUUAUUGAAUAUAAUAACAAUAAUAUCUGA